GUGCUUCCUGCGCCGCCCUUAUCCCCGCUCAGACCUGCCAUGGCGCGGCCUGAGGCCGGUUAUGAGGCGGCGGUGCGCCCCCGCCCCGCCUGCACCUACACCAGCUGCUACUGUGAAGAAAAUGUUUGGAAGCUUUGUGACUACAUCAGGAGUCAGGAUCGGCACCCUUUAGAAGAAUUUUAUGCUGUUUUCAUAUCCAAUGAUAGGAGGAUGAUUCCACUCUGGAAGCAGAAAUCUGGACACGGAGAUGAGCCUGUUGUCUGGGUGCUUCUGGCAGCUGAACACUCGACACUCAAAUUCACAGACCGUGUUACUGCAACAGGACUACCAUGUUAUUCUACUUCAUGUUACCAGCGGGGAGCAGAACUUCAUUUAUGAUCUUGACACAGUGUUGCCGUUUCCAUGUCCUUUUGAUAUGUACAGUGUGGAGGCCUUUAGGUUGGAUGACAGCCUUCGUCCAGAGUUUCACAGAAAAAUCAGAAUGAUUCGAGCAGAUUUGUACUUGAAGACAUUUGCUUCAGACAGAUCUCAUAUGAAGGAUGCAGAUGGGAAAUGGCAGAAACCUCCUCCUCCAUACCCUUGCAUUGAAACUGCAGAUUCCAAAAUGAACUUGGAUGAUUUCAUCAGUAUGAAUCCUGAAGUGGGAUGGGGCUCAGUGUUCUCCCUUUCAGACUUUGUGCAUCGAUUUGGCAGUCAGACCACUUACAGCUAUUCCUUGGAAGGACAGUAAAGUGAACAAAGUUCGUUUGGUUCUGAGUGGAUGUGUUUUGUUUUGCUGCUCUUACAUUGUAUUUAUGGUUUACAUUUCUGUACAUGGAAUUGGUGUUUGAGAAAAUAGAACACCCAGUCAGAAAUAUCAUGAACUGAAUAAAAACCUUUAUUUUAAUUA